UAUUUUUAACUAUGACAUCCCAGUGAUGGAACUCAGUAAAACGACAAGAGAAUGAACGAAAAGGCAGAAAGAAGUGCCGUGUUGUAACGAGAGCUAAUUUUAAUCUCCUAAUUCCUUUCCACAACGAAGAGACACGUUGCCCUAAACCACCAAACUCCAUCAAGCCUAGGCUUCUCAGCCCACAACCUGCGGGGAAACAGGAAAGAGACACAUGGGAGAUCUUUCCGCAGAUAUCAUAAGGUCCCAGGGAAGGGACCAAUAUUAACUGCCUGCCUGGGCGGUGCAUGUCCUCUGGGAAAUCAGGCUCUUGGGGCAGUCGUUGCUCCAGCCAAAACUCCAAAAUCCCGCAACUAAGAGGCUCAGGCGGGUAUUGCUCCGGAGGAACUCACCGAAGACUACAAUUCCCAGCAGCCACUGGGCUCGAGCCGGCCGUGCUCCGGGAGGAGCCCAUAAGAGACUAUAAAUCCCAGCAGCCACUGGGCUCUAGCCUGCUGGUGGUUGGGUGGGUCAGUGAUUGCAGUGGGAGGGGAAGUGGGCCUCUCCAGCCCUUGGUAGUGACGGCGGCUGGCGGCGACUUCCACGCGGUGCACGGCAGUUUUCUCUUGCCCUAGGGACUCCUCUGAGAAGAUGCCGAAGGCCAAGUCCGCAGCGAGUAGCCGCCGGCGGGAUCGUCAGGAGCAGCGCGGGGAGCUGAAGCGAGCUGGAGAAGGGAUGGAUGGACUUAAAGACACAUCCCAACCCCGCACAUGUGUACGGCGCUUGUGGAUGCCGUGGAGGAGAAACUGUCCCCUGUCCAUCCUGCUGCUGUGGGACGGCCUGAGAUCGAUUCUUGAAAAGUUGGGAAAUUAAGGCUGCUUCGUGUUUUAUUUCAGGACUCAUGUUCAACACAGGGAUCGGACAGCACAUUUUGAAAAAUCCUCUAAUUGUUAACAGCAUCAUCGAUAAGGCCGCUUUAAGACCCACUGAUGUGGUGCUGGAAGUUGGGCCUGGGACUGGCAACAUGACGGUCAAGCUGUUAGAAAAAGCCAAAAAGGUAGUUGCCUGUGAACUUGAUCCAAGGCUAGUAGCUGAACUUCACAAAAGAGUUCAGGGCACGCCUCUGGCCAGCAAACUCCAGGUCCUGGUUGGAGAUGUGUUGAAGUCGGAUUUGCCAUUCUUUGAUGCUUGUGUGGCAAACUUGCCUUAUCAGAUCUCCUCUCCCUUUGUCUUCAAGUUGUUGCUCCACCGGCCAUUUUUCAGAUGUGCUAUACUUAUGUUUCAAAGAGAGUUUGCUCUUCGUUUGGUUGCAAAGCCUGGAGAUAAAUUAUACUGUAGACUCUCCAUCAAUACACAGCUUUUAGCACGUGUGGACCACCUAAUGAAGGUGGGGAAGAAUAAUUUCAGACCGCCCCCCAAGGUGGAGUCCAGCGUGGUAAGGAUAGAACCGAAGAAUCCACCACCACCAAUCAAUUUUCAGGAAUGGGAUGGCUUAGUAAGAAUCACUUUUGUUCGAAAAAACAAGACACUGUCUGCUGCAUUCAAAUCAAGUGCGGUCCAACAGCUAUUGGAAAAAAACUACAGAAUUCACUGUUCAGUACAGAAUACUGUAAUACCAGAAGAUUUCAGUAUAGCCGAUAAAAUACAGCAGAUCCUAACCAACACAGGUUUUAGUGACAAACGGGCACGUUCCAUGGACAUAGAUGAUUUUAUCAGGUUGCUACACGGAUUUAAUGCAGAAGGUAUCCACUUCUCCUAGCCAUCUGAAAACUAUUUUUUCAAGACCAAGAAAAAAAUGAAGUUAUACAAUCCUAAUAUUUGAGAAUACCACUGAUUUUGUUCUAUAGGACAUCAUUUACUUUUUAAAUUAUUUAAUAAUAACUUUUAUACCAUUGAUUAUCCUGUAUGUGAAAGGUGGUUGGUUUUUUUUUUUUUUUAAUAAAUAUAUAUUUUCUUCUAGUGUUUUAAAUAUACUGCAAAGGGCAGGGUUCAA